AGCAAUCUUUGGUGAAAUGUCAUGAAAUAUGGUCCCUUCAUAUAAAACAAACUGCAGCUAAAGAGCCAUCACGCUUCGCAAGCGAUGUCGCUCGCGAUGUGACGGACGUCCUUGUUUCCACACCGCUGCACUUGCGAUCUUAGCGCACUUUGCAGUCCUUGAGACUGGUUGACGAAGAUGUUCAAGAAACAAUUUGCCGUCAAGAAGAACACAAAUCUUCGCAAUUCUGACACAAAAAAGCUCCUCCAGCGUCUUUGUCCCACCUUCACCGAGGUGUUACCGAAGAAAGCGCAAUAUGCACACGCCAAACUCAUCACAUUCAAUGGAACCACACUGAACCUAUACAUGGUCGAUAAGGAACCAAUGUUUUUUGACUUUGAUGCAGCCGGAGUUCUUUUUCCAACAAUCUACUUCACUUGGAUUGCGCCUACCGUGUUUCCAAUGCUCAUAGUGCACGAAAACGUUCUUCACUACUUGGAAAAUGGGGCUGAUCUGAUGCUGCAAGGACUCAUGCAGAAAGAGUUGAUUCCUUUGUACGAGCUUAAUCGUGGCGAUGCUGUUGCGAUCGCUGUCACUGCUGGCGACAAAGUGAUGGGACCUAUGGCAGUAGGCGUGACACUGAUGUCUUCCCAAGAAAUGGUAGCGAACAAGUUUGAGGGCAGAGGCGUUCAGAUUCUGCACAUUUACCGCGAUCUUUUAUGGGAAUUCGGAUCUCGCAUUGCUCCACCUGUGCAUGAGCUCGUGAAUGUUUUCAACCUCUCAGAAACAAAGCCUUCGACAUCCGAUGCAAACGAUUUCCCUCCACUCGGCUCUCUUUCUGUCAGUGAUGUUCAAGUUGACGCUGUUAUGCAUGAUACUGCCCAAACUUCCGAUGGGCAAGAGACGGAACACAAUGGUGGUGAUACUAGUAGGGAAGAACAGCAGCCAGAAGAAUCAAUGGAUGAUCUGCUUUAUCGAUGCUUUCUCGCUGCAUUGAAGUUUAGAUUGGCAAGUGUCCCCAUUGAUGUCGGCCAGUUUUAUGCACAAUGUUUAUUAGCGUGCGUACCUAAAACGAGGAGGCUGGAUAUGAAGAAAACGAAAUACAAGAAGUUCACUGUUUUUCUCGAAGAGGUAAACAAAGGAGAAGGCGGUCCAAUUGUGCAGAUCAGAAAGGUCGGGAAAGGAGCUGACAUGAUAGAAGAGGUCAACAAGAGUCAUCCUGCACUUCGUUCGUUUACAGUAACGGACGAAAUUAUCAAAGAUGAAGUUGAAGAGAAAGGAAAAUGUGGGCCAAAAAUUCAUGAGUAUUACUCCGUAACAGAUGCGGUGCUACCAGUAUUACGAAGUCGAGGGAACUUUUCUAAAGGCCAAUUGUUGGAAAGUACAGAAGUCCGUGAAAUAGUUACGGACUACGUAAAGAAAGAAGAACUGCAACGCGGCAAGGUGGUUCGACUCGAUCCCAUUCUUGCGCAGGUUACGAGGAUAAAUGAGGAGUCUACCGACUGGAAUACGUUGAUACAAAAAGUGCAGAACAAAAUGACAAAGACGUUUGUACUACGAAUGCCAGAUGGUCGAGAACUCAUACGAAAAAUUAACAUGCCCAAGAUAAUUUUUAAGGUCGAGACACGAUCGGGUAACAAGAAAGUAACGUUAAUCAACAACAUCUCAGUUUUUGGCAUAGAUGUAAAGCGACUUUGUCACCAGAUUCAGGUCGAAGCUGCCACAAGUGCCACGACAGCAAAUGACGCUGUCAACUGUGAAGGGCCGCAGGUGAUAGUACUGGGAAAUCAGGUUACAUAUCUUGGUGAACUUUUAUUGAGAGAUUAUGGAAUCGACAAGAAGUUCAUAGAAGGUCUUGAUCUUGGAAUCAAGAAGAAACGAAAAUGAUUACUCCAAUUAGUAAAUGUGUCAAAAUGCUCGGGUUCUCUCAAUAAAUAAUUAAAUUUCUAUUGUGC